AUGAACGUUCCAGUUGAUGCACUCUUACGUUUGUCAUGGAUAAUGAUAUUAUUAUCAAAAUUCCUCUAUUCAGAAACUCAUGCAAAAGUCACUAUUGACGAUGAUACUGGUUACUUUGUUGACUCACAAGGAUUUGUUAAAUUAUUUCAUGGAAUCAACUGUGUGCAUAAAGUCGCACCAUUUUACUUUCCAAAACUACUUGACCCUCAUUCAUUCAAAGUACUUAGAGAUUGGGGAAUUAAUGCUAUACGCUUAGAAUUCAACUGGAUAGCAUUAAAACCAGAGGAAAAUAAAAUCAGUCGAGAGUACUUAGAUAUCAUUGAAACAAUUAUCGACAAUGCUGGAUCAUAUGGAGUUUAUAUUAUCAUUGAUUUUCAUCAAGAUGGAUUAUCGAAACGUCUAGGUGCAAUUGAUGCUGUGCCUAAUUGGUUUAUGGAUAAAAUAAAGCGACCACCAUAUUUAUUCCAAUACCCUUGGCCACUAACGAAAGAUCCAAGUAAAAGCAACUGGUUUCUAACGUACGCCACAUAUGAGAGUGCACAUGUAUUUGAAAGUAUAUAUAAAAAUGUUUCAGGAAUAUGGGAUUAUUUUGCAGAAUAUUGGAGGAUAACAACUAGUCGUUUCGGGAAGAAAGAUAAUGUUUUAGGUUAUAAUUUGAUAAAUGAACCACCACCUGGAAAUUUUUAUUUAAAUCCAUUCUUUCUUUUGCCUGAUAAUUCAGGUCACAAUCUCUUAUCAUUUUAUGAUUACUUGGUGAAUGUUAUUCGCCAAAAGGACAAGAAUACAUUGAUAUUUUACGAGAGUGUAACUUAUGGAAUAUAUUUUCCAUUUGUUAAUGGAAUACCUGGUACUGGUAUCCAACGUGUUCCCGGCCUAUUACAAGAUGAGAUGGCCAGAAAGAAGAGUGUAUUAUCUUAUCAUUACUACUGUUGGUUAUUGGAAUCGACACCAUCUACAGAGAAUAUGCCAUCAUGGAAACGAUAUUUGUGUGAUAAACUUCUCUUGAAUUAUGCAUUCAAUAACGUGAGGAGUAUAGUUAAAUAUACUGGUGGAGGACGAUUUUUAACAGAAUUCGGUCUGUGUCUUCCUGAUGGCAAUCCAGAUUCAAUAAAUACGGUUGAAUGUAACGCUGUGAUGAAUGCAGCCGACAGGAACUUCGAAUCCUGGACUUAUUGGGACGGAAAUGAAUUAUUUCCCAACUUAAUUGUAGACAACAUUUCCUUGAAAUCAUUCAGUCGUACAUAUCCACAGUCAACUGCCGGUCAACCUGUCGAACUGAGAUUCGAUGUCGAUUCAGGUGUGUUUUAUUAUGCUUUUGUACCAACACAGAAAUAUUGUACAAAC